CCUCGUACACAAUACAGCUCUAAAUGCGCUCGCUAAUGAUGAUCACGGAGGUAGCUGAGGCUACCACGAAUAUAUCCACUUCUAAGGCCCAAGAGUAUACCAACGAGAUUGAGAUCGGUGGAUCUGAUGAUGAUGUUAUGCUCGAGCACCCUCGUGUAUCAGCUCAAUGCGCCACUGCCCCCGACACAGUAGGACGAGCUGAUGAAGUCGGUCAAAGCGGAAAGAAUGCCACCAACAAUAGAAAGAGCAUUGCAUACAACGGGAGCGGAGGCAUCCAGACCAACGAGCCUACAUAUGACAGAAAUGCAGACGGAUCCAAACGCAUGCGAGUCGACGAAAGUGCUAGGUCUAGCAAACCUACAUCAAACGAGAAGGGGGCCAACAAAGGGAAGGGCAGACAGACCAACGAUGACGCGAGCAUUAUUCAAGACUAUACUAUGCAUGAAGUGCAUAUAUUCUGUUGCGUUAGAUGUGCAGCCAAGGAUGAUCCAAACUCGUCGCUGUCGUGUGAAAUUGCACCAGGCAAAGACAGUUGCAUUACUUGUGCACAAGAUAACAAUACAUGUCUAGAGGUGCCCGAUCGCUGUAUCAUAUUAUUACGAGAUCUACAGUCUGCGGCGCAGGACCUCAUCGCUCUUGACGAUAAUGAUGACAAUGGGGCACAUUUGCAGCAACUUUUCCGCUGCUGUCGACAGCAAUUAAUUGCGUCCCUCCAAAACGCAAAUAUAUUCAGUUCAUAUACUGUCAGGUCACUAAGGAGUGUAGAUGUCAGGACAUCCGAAAUACAGGCCCACCUCGAAGCAAGCCUAUGGGAUCACUCGAUGAUCCAUCUAUAUACGGCAAAAGUACAGACAGCUGCUGCUACUAACUGCCAUGAGAAGCAAAGUGUCCUGCUUGCUGAUUUAACGGCAGCCACAGACGAGCAAACAGCAGAUGUUAACAAAAACUUCAAGCUAUUGAUGACAGCACAGACCGAGUUAACUACGGCUGUUCGCGAACAGACAGCGAUGCAGCACGAGGACGCGGUGAAGCAACUCGCAGCCACAGCGGACCAAACCGAAGCCAUCCGGGUACAGACUACCACGCUGGCAAACUGGCUGGCACAAAUGCACCUGACGAACCAACCUCCAUCAGGUCAAGUAUGCUUCAAUCCAACUUCAUUCUGCAUUGACGAUCAUUGA